GUUUUGGGUCCAGGGAGCUGUCCCUUUUUUUUGAGGUUGUCAAGAAGAUGGCGGCUUCCAGGCAGGCAUGAGAGCAGAUACUUCUCAGUAAAUCAAACGCAGACAAUUACUUUUUUUCAAGUCUGACCCCAAAACACAUCUUGCUGAAUAUAAUACACUGAAACGCAAGACUAUGUCGUCGCCCGGUGGCACGGUUCUGCAGCCGCGCUGGAAGCGGGUGUUGGGCUGGUCCGGCCCCGUCCCGCGACCCCGACACGGCCACCGAGCGGUGGCAAUCAAAGAGCUUAUGGUCGUGUUCGGGGGAGGAAAUGAAGGAAUUGUGGACGAGCUGCACGUCUACAACACGGCUACAAACCAGUGGUUUAUUCCAGCGGUGCGUGGUGACAUCCCCCCAGGCUGCGCUGCCUAUGGCUUUGUGUGCGAUGGAACCCGUCUGCUUGUGUUCGGGGGAAUGGUGGAAUACGGCAAAUACAGCAACGACUUGUAUGAGCUGCAGGCCAGUAGGUGGGAAUGGAAAAAGCUGAAGCCCAAAGCUCCUAAGAAUGGCCCCCCACCGUGCCCUCGCCUGGGUCACAGCUUCUCCUUGGUGGGGAAUAAGUGCUACCUGUUUGGAGGUCUGGCAAAUGACAGCGAGGACCCCAAAAACAACAUUCCUAGGUACCUGAACGACCUGUACACCUUGGAGCUACGUGCAGGGUCCAGUGUUGUCGGCUGGGACAUCCCCAUCACAUACGGCGUGCUGCCGCCGCCCCGUGAGAGCCACACUGCUGUGGUCUAUACUGACAGGGAGAGCAGGAAAUCCCGACUGAUCAUCUAUGGGGGCAUGAGCGGCUGCCGCCUGGGUGACCUCUGGACACUCGACAUUGACACCCUUACCUGGAACAAGCCAACAGUUAGUGGCACAGCACCGUUGCCUCGCAGCCUCCAUUCUGCCACCAUCAUCACGAACAAGAUGUACGUGUUUGGAGGGUGGGUUCCCUUGGUGAUGGACGACGUGAAGGUGGCCACUCAUGAGAAAGAAUGGAAGUGCACAAACACACUGGCCUGUCUGAACCUGGACUCUAUGACCUGGGAAACAGUGCUGAUGGACACCCUGGAGGACAACAUCCCGCGAGCAAGAGCAGGGCAUUGUGCCGUCGCCAUUAACUCUCGGCUCUAUGUCUGGAGCGGCCGAGACGGCUACCGCAAGGCCUGGAAUAACCAAGUUUGCUGCAAGGACCUUUGGUACUUGGAGACAGACAGGCCCCCUGCUCCUUCACGUGUGCAGCUGGUUCGUGCCAACACAAACUCGCUGGAGGUGAGCUGGGGCUCCGUGCCCACAGCUGAUACAUACUUGCUGCAGCUGCAGAAAUACGACAUCCCUGCUGCCACUGCUGCCACGUCACCGGCCCUUAAUCCGGCCCCCUCGCUGCCUAAUAACUCGCCCAAGAGCCCCGCCCCAGCAGCAGCGGCACCAGCUGCCCAGAACCUGCCGCACACAGGCAUAACCCUCGUACCUCAGUCUGCCUCGCCCACAACCUCAGGGCUGCCUGUCCUCCCCACUGUGCCAGGAAACCCCUUGGCUGCUGCCACAGCCCGGGCCCCUGCUAUCCUGAAGGUGGCCGCACCUCAGUCCAGCGCUGGCGCCUCCAUUGUCACAGUGCGACAGGCAAAUCAGGCUGUGAAGUCCCCUGUCACAGUCACUUCGCUCCCGGCAGGUGUCCGUAUGGUUGUGCCUGCACAGAGCCCUCAAGGAACGGUACGACAAAUGCCGAUCGGAAGCAGUUCCCAGAUGAGUGGAAUGGCCGCCCUCGCUGCAGCGGCCGCAGCUACGCAAAAGAUCCCACCUUCCUCUACAGCCACAGUGCUGAACAUGCCAGCUGGGGCCACCAUUGUCAAAACUGUGGCUGUAACCCCAGGCUCCACCACCCUGCCUACCACCGUCAAAGUGGCCUCCCCUGUUAUGGUGAGCAACCCGGCUACCCGCAUGCUGAAGACGGCAGCUGCCCAAGUGGGCACAUCUGUUGUGUCCACCCCCAGCACACCAUCCCGUCCCAUCAUCACUGUGCACAAGUCUGGCACCGUGACUGUGGCCCAGCAGGCCCAGGUGGUCACCACCGUAGUGGGUGGUGUCACCAAGACGAUCACCCUGGUCAAGAGUCCCAUCACUGUGGGGAGCGGUGGAACUCUGAUCUCCAACCUUGGGAAAAUGAUGUCUGUGGUUCAGACUAAGCCGGUGCAGACCUCUGCAGUUACCGGCCAGGCGUCCACUAGCCCAGUAACCCAGAUCAUACAGACCAAGGGUCCCCUUCCAGCAGGCACUAUCCUCAAGCUAGUGACAUCAGCUGAUGGCAAGCCUACCACAAUCAUCACCACCACCCAGGCUGGGGGCACUGGCAGCAAGCCCACCAUCCUGGGGAUCAGCAGCGUGUCACCCACCACCACAACAAAACCAGGCACUACUACCAUCAUCAAGACCAUCCCCAUGUCGGCCAUCAUGACCCAGCCUGGAGCGACAGGUGUCACCAGCAGCCCAGGAAUCAAGACACCCAUCACAAUCAUCACCACCAAGAUGAUGACCUCUGGUACAGGCACCCCUGGCAAAAUAAUCACAGCUGUGCCUAAGCUGGGUACAGGACCUGGACAGCAGGGCCUCACUCAGGUGGUCCUGAAGGGUGCACCAGGACAGCCAGGCACUAUCCUGCGUACAGUGCCCAUGGGUGGUGUCCGACUCGUUACCCCAGUGACAGUAUCUGCUGUCAAGCCAACUGUAACUACCCUGGUUGUUAAAGGGACAACAGGUGUGACAACCCUGGGGACAGUAACAGGCACUGUGUCCACCAGCUUAGCAGGGGGGAGCGUCAGUACCGCUAACGCCUCCCUGGCUACUCCCAUCACCACCCUUGGCACCAUUGCCACCCUGUCCAGCCAGGUGAUCAACCCAGCUGCCAUCACUGUGUCUGCUGCACAGACCAGCUUGACCACAGCAACACCUCUUGCCACUCCCACAAUCACCAUGCAGUCCUUAAACCAGCCCACCCAGGUGACCCUUAUUACCACUCCGAGUGGUGUGGAGGCGCAGUCUGUGCAGGAGUUGCCUGUCUCCAUCCUGGCCUCCCCCACUUCUGAGCAGCCGACUGGUGCUGUGGCUGAGGGCGGUGCAGGGGAUGCACCUGGUACUGUCACUCUAGUCUGCUCUAACCCACCCUGCGAAACGCAUGAGACAGGAACCACCAACACGGCCACCGUGGCAACUGUUAACCUGGGUGGAGUGCAGAGGGUCUGUUCCAACCCCCCAUGUGAGACCCAUGAGACGGGAACCACCAACACAGCCACCACAGCAUCAGCGAACAUGGGUACCGUGCAGAGGGUCUGUUCCAACCCCCCAUGUGAGACCCAUGAGACGGGAACCACCAACACGGCCACCACAGCAUCAGCGAACAUGGGUACCGUGCAGAGGGUCUGUUCCAAUCCCCCGUGCGAGACUCAUGAAACGGGAACCACCAACACUGCCACUGUUGCCUCUGCCAACAUGGGUGGGGUGCAGCAGGUGUGCACCAGUCCCCCCUCAGAGACCCAUGACACCAGCACUACCAACACUGCCACAACCGCCUGCUCAAAUAUGGGCUCCGAUCAGAUGGGCACAGUCCAGAGUGCCUCAGGGUCUCAUUCCCCUCCCUCGUCCACAGCUGCUCUCUCGCCUUCCUCUACCAGCUGCACAACCACAGGCGCAAGCUCUGUUCCUGAGGGUCACGGACCCCAGAACCUGCGAACCGGCACCACCUACACCUCCACCAUGGCCUGCUCCAACAUGGGCUCCGACCAGACGGGCACUGUACAAAGUUCCCAGUCCACUGGUGCUUCUGGCCUCAUUUCACAGCUGGAGCCUGUUUGUUCCAACCCGCCCUGCGAAACCCAUGAGACGGGCACCACCAACACGGCAACGCAAGCGUCCUUAAGCAUGGGCUUCGAGCAGACCGGUGCCGUCCAGAGGGUGUGCUCCAACCCGCCCUGUGAAACCCAUGAGACGGGCACCACCAACACAGCAACGCAAGCGUCCUCAAGCAUGGGCUCCGAGCAGACCGGUGCCGUCCAGAGGGUGUGCUCCAACCCGCCCUGUGAAACCCAUGAGACGGGCACCACCAACACAGCAACGCAAGCGUCCUCAAGCAUGGGCUCCGAGCAGACCGGUGCCGUCCAGAGGGUGUGCUCCAACCCGCCCUGUGAAACCCAUGAGACGGGCACCACCAACACAGCAACGCAAGCGUCCUCAAGCAUGGGCUCCGAGCAGACUGGUGCCAUCCAGACGAUGUGCUCCAACCCGCCCUGCGAAACCCACGAGACAGGCACCACCAACACACCAUCCACAGUCUCCUCCAGCAUGGGCUCUGACCAAGCUGGGACUGUGCAAAGGGUGUGUUCCAACCCGCCCUGCGAAACCCAUGAGACAGGCACCACCAGCACGGCCACCACGGCAACCUGCAGCAUGGAGAAUGGUGAGGGCACAGCCCAGCAGAGCGGCGAGGCAGCUGAAGGAGACUCUGGUGUGAGCAGCACCACAGACGUCUUUUCCACACCCGCCCAUUGCACAGGUGUGACUGUUUCCACAACGACACCAAGCAGGGCCCUCACUAUUGUGACCCAGGCCACACCUGCUCCAGGCCCCUCUGUGCCGUCCAUCACCUCUAUCACAGAGUCAUCCUCAGUGGCAGCGAGUGAGGAGGUCCCGGUCGAGAUCACCCAGGAGCAAUUGCAGCAGCAGAGUGAAGCCGAAGCAGAGGAGAUGCAUCAGGUCCCCGAGGAGGCAGAGCCCAUGCAGACAGAGUGCCAAGCCCAGGAGGGCCAGGAGGCUAGAGCAAUUCCUAUGGAAGAAGCUGAGGCCAUGGUAGAGGGGGAUGCUGCACAGAUGGAGCAGCUUCCCAUCGCCAUGGAAACGCAACCAAGCCAGGAAGACCAUGCAGAGGUGGAAGGAGCGGAGGCUGCUUCAGUGGCUGUUGCAGCCACAGACUCGGAAGCCCUCGCUCUACCUCCCGAGCUGAUGUCUGAGGGGCAGCCUACCACGCUGAUGGUGACAGGACUCACUCCAGAGGAGCUGGCUGUGACAGCGGCUGCAGAAGCAGCAGCGCAAGCUGCUGCCUCGGAAGAGGCACAGGCUCUAGCCAUCCAGGCUGUCCUGCAGGCUGCACAGCAGGCCGUCAUGAGUGCUGGAGACGGAGACCCAGGUGCCGAUGGUCAGCAGACCACCACUAUCCCCAUAGUGCUGACCCAACAGGAUCUGGCUGCCCUUGUCCAGCAGCAGCAGCAGCUGCAAGAGGCACAGGCAGCAGCUGCAGUUGCUGCAGCUGCACAGCAGCAAGCGGAUACCCAAGCUGCGGCCCUGCCCACUGAAGGGCUCGCCCCAGCUGACAGCCUCAACGACCCUGCCUCCGAGAGCAACGGCCAGCACGACAUAGCAGCCGCUGUAACUAGUGCAGUAGCUGGAUUGCUACCGCACACGUCUGCAGAAACCUUGGCCCCAUCCAGCACUUUUGCUCCUUCACAGCCUGUGGUGGUUGCCAGCCCGGCCAAGAUGCAGGCAGCCGCAGCCUUAACGGAAGUAGCCAAUGGCAUCGAAUCUGUGGCUGGGAAGCCAGCUGCUCCCCCUGCCCCUGCCAAGACCCCUGUGAAAAAGGAGAACCAGUGGUUUGAUGUAGGAAUAGUCAAGGUGACCAACAUGGUUGUCACCCACUACUACGUUCCAGGGGAUGACACGCCUGCUACUGAUGAUGACUCGGGGACUGUCCCAGAUUACAGCCAAAUGAAGAAAAUGGAGCUGCAGCCAGGCACGGCCUACAAGUUCCGGGUUGCUGGGAUCAAUGCCUGUGGCCGCGGGGCCUUUUCAGAAAUCUCAGCCUUCAAGACUUGCCUGCCAGGCUUCCCAGGAGCACCCUGUGCCAUCAAGAUCAGCAAGAGCCCUGAUGGUGCCCACCUGACCUGGGAGCCUCCCUCCGUGACAUCAGGGAAGAUCAUUGAGUACUCUGUGUACCUGGCUAUCCAGAGCACACAAAGCAGCGAGCCCAAGGCCUCGUCCCCAGCACAGCUAGCCUUCAUGCGUGUGUACUGUGGGCCCAGCCCUUCAUGCCUUGUGCAGACUUCCAGCCUCUCCAAUGCCCACAUUGACUACACCACCAAGCCAGCUAUCAUCUUCCGCAUUGCGGCACGCAACGAAAAGGGUUAUGGUCCAGCCACGCAAGUCCGGUGGCUGCAAGAGUCUAGUAAAGAUGGGUCCGCUGGAAAACCUGGGGCCAAAAGGCCAGUUUCAUCCCCAGACGUCAAGGCCACAGGUCCAAAGAAAGCAAGGUCGGACCAGUGAUCUUCCCCCGUGCCCUCUGUCCCUCCUGACCAGGGCAGGGCAGACCUCUACUCCAUCGUCCCUGUUCAUCCUUCACCCUCCCCACAGCUGCAACUGAAACCAUACCCCUCCAUGUAUAGAAGGCAAAGUGGCAGCAAAAACAAACCUUUACAGUUUCUUUAAGAAAGAAGACCCCCUUGUCAUGGGGCUUAGUGGUGCCAUGGACGCCUCAUCUCAAAGCGUGUUUUUAACUUUUUAUUUUGUUACUACUGUUUCUUGAACAAAAAUGAAAAGCACAUUUACAUUUUUCACCAUUUCCUGUCACAUUUACGAGGGGAAGAAGCUACAUUUAUAAUGAUGUGACUACCUGAAUUUUACUUUUUGUUCAGACUUCUGUUUGUGCGUUUCCUUAAUUUUUCCUUUCCUUCAGUUGAAGGACAAUUGACAAACAGCUUUGCUCACUGUUAGAUAGCUUAAACUUUUUGUAUUUUGGUGGGAGGGACAGAGAGGUUGCAGAGGACAAGUGGGAAGCGAAAGAGCAGUUGGCUGUAAUGCUUCAAACAUGGAAGAAGAAAAUGGAAAACAUAGCACUUGUUCACAGUGAAAGGAGAUGCAUUCUGGGAGAUUCUUUACCGCAAGGAGACUGGACUCUUGUCUCCUGGUUUUGCCAUCAAUUUGUGUGUUUACCCUGUAAGGAGAAGAGCAGAUGGAGGACACUGCCUUCCGAUGCUGAGAAACGAGGAAGAACGAAGGAACUGGUUCACGUGGAGGUGGAGCAUAGAACAGACUGGCACAUGAAAAACCUUGCAAAAAAACCCCCCAAAAAAUUAGCAAGCGAUGAUGCAGAAGUUCUGCGUGUAGUUUAUUUUUGUAUUUUUUAAGCUUGUUUUCCGGUGUGUGUAUGUGUACUACAGUGUGCAU